CAUCCUGGCAUUAUUAAUCUAAUGCUAUCUUAUGGAUUCAGAAUUUAUCAGGGAUAUAUAGUAUCUCUUUGUUUUGUUGUGAGUAAAUUUUGCUUCACUAUUAGGCAUUUUCACAUUGUAGUUUACUCUUGUGUGUCUCCAAAGGUUAAACUUGUCUCCCUUAACUCCCACAGUACCAAAUGAAAAAAUAACUGAUUGUUACUGUUAUCUUUGCUCCUCAAAGUGAUGGAGAAUGUCACGAUGGUGAAUGAAUUUCUUUUACUUGGCCUGACCAGUGUUCAGGAGCUGCAACCUGCCUUCUUCGUGACUUUCUUAGUUAUUUACCUAAUAAACCUGAUUGGAAAUGGAGCUAUAUUAGCGAUUGUUAUUUUGGAACCAAAACUACACUGCCCUAUGUAUUUUUUUCUGGGAAAUCUUUCUUGCCUGGAUAUUUGCUAUUCUUCCGUGACACUUCCCAAGGUACUCAUAAACCUCCUCUCUACUCACAGGGGCAUAUCUUUCCUAGGCUGUAUCACGCAGCUACACUUUUUCCACUUUCUAGGAAGCACAGAGGCCCUUUUGCUGGCGGUGAUGGCCUUUGACCGAUUUGUGGCCAUUUGCAACCCACUUCGCUACACUGUCACCAUGAACCCUCAGCUGUGUAUUAUGCUGACAGCCAUGGCCUGGAUUGCCAGCUUCUUUUAUGCUCUGAUGCAUUCCAUCAUGACUGCACGCCUGAGAUUUUGCCACUCUCAGAAAAUCAAUCACUUCUUCUGUGAUGUCAAGCCUCUCCUGGAACUGGCCUGUAGUAACACGUUACUCAACCAAUGGCUGCUCUCUGUGGUCACAGGCAGCAUCUCUAUGGGUGCUUUCUGCCUUACCCUCCUCUCCUAUUUCUAUAUUCUUGGCUUCAUUCUAUUCAAGAACCGGUCCUGCAGAAUACUUCAUAAGGCACUGUCUACUUGUGCCUCCCAUUUUAUCGUUGUAUGUCUUUUCUAUGGACCUGUGGGCCUCACAUACAUUCGUCCUGCCUCAGCCACCUCCAUGAAUCAGGAUCGGAUAGUGGCCAUCAUCUACAGUGCAGUCACCCCAGUGCUGAAUCCACUGAUAUACACCCUUAGGAAUAAAGAAGUGAUGCUGGCUCUGAAGAAAACCUUUGGGAGCAAGUUGUUUAAAGACUGCCAGCAAUACCAUUAAGACUAAGAAGACUCAUACAUGAUUCCCAUUAAGACUCACAUCACUUCACAGCCAUAAGUGAUUAGUUUACCUAAUUUCAAAUUUCCUUCAGAAAUUUUGAGUGAAUCUUAUAUCAGGCAAUAAAGUAGGUUCAAGAAACAUGGAAAUGAGGAAAAGAAAUUCCACAAUAGUAUAAACUUAAAGUUUGGUGCAAUAGGGGCACCCAAUACACAAAUUUACAGGGGCAAUUAAAUGCU